AACUGAGCAGGCUCCUCCCCGACAACAGUUCCCGACCUCCGACGAGAAUUCAAGCUGCCACAUUGAAGAGGAACAAAAAGGCGACCUGACAGCGGUUUCUGCACUCCCUCCACUUUCUCCGGGGUAGUCACGGGAUUUCAAUGUUCAGCCUGCUCUUUGGUUUCUGUGUUAACUUUAGCCGUACCUAUAUGGCGUGUGUGAGCGGAGAAUUCUGCCAGGCACAGCACCUCACCUCUGUGGAGAAGUGAAUCGGCCGACCCCUGAGGGACUACGCUACCCAGAAACCCCCCUGACUGCCAGCACGCUAGGAACUGCUGACUUUUCCAAAGCCCCCCUGGGAUAUUGCGUAGUCCUUGGCCUGACUGCCCUGCCCUGUCCCAACCAAUACGAAAAACCUUUGCUUUCCACUUUCUCCUCGAACAGCCAAUCACAAACAGCUCUCCUGAAUGGGGUAAACUGAUUGGAUGACUCCUGGAUAGUCUCCUUAUCUUUUCCUUUUUUUCUUUUUUUUUUUUUUUUAAUUCUUUGAAAUUUUUGUUUUUGUGUUAAGUUUUUUUUUUUUUUUUUUUAACAUCCCGGAGUACUGUGGACUAGUUUAUCCUUUUUGUUAACCUUCUCUGUGUGCAUCAUCCCAUAGUGAACACCUGUUGUCCUGAACCCAUCCUUCUCGCCGUGUUGUCAUUUUUUAUUUAUUCUACCCUUCUCUGAAUACAUAAAUCUCUAGCAGUCUUUGCUGACUUCUGAGCCAAAAGUCGCUUUUGUUUUGUAAGAAUAUUGUAUUGUAAUUGUUUUUUAAGCCGUCUCGCCAACAUGAACCGCCCCGCUGCAGUCGAGAUUGCCUACGAGUGCAUGAGGUUCCUGAUCACCCACAACCCCACCAAUGCCACGCUUAACAAGUUCACCGAGGAACUGAAAAAGUUUGAGGUGAACACACUGGUGAGAGUGUGUGAUGCCACAUAUGAUAAGGCUCCAGUAGAGAAAGAGGGGAUCCAAGUCCUGGACUGGCCCUUCGAUGAUGGUGCCCCUCCGCCCACCCAGAUUGUGGAUGACUGGCUCAAAUUACUCAACACCAAGUUUCGAGAGAAGCCCGGUUGCUGCAUCGCUGUGCACUGUGUGGCGGGGCUUGGCCGAGCUCCUGUCUUGGUGGCCUUAGCCCUCAUUGAGUGUGGGAUGAAGUAUGAGGAUGCUGUGCAGUUCAUAAGGCAGAAGAGACGUGGAGCCUUCAACUCCAAACAGCUUCUUUACCUCGAGAAAUACAGACCCAAAAUGCGUCUGCGGUUCAAGGAAACCAACGGCCACAACUGCUGUGUGCAGUAGGCUACCUGUCAGUGCAUCGUUCUUAUGCGCAUCUAGUGGGGAAUCUUCCAAGGGGAGAUGGAAAAAAAAAAAAAAAUGAAGAGAGUGCUAUCAGUAAUUAUUGUGAUGAUUUGUUAACACUGAGUCAUGGUAAAUUGAUCAGAGAGGAAGCGAGUGAUCAAAUGAAUGAAUCCAGAUCUGGGGAUCCACCAGCCGAACCAAUGAAUGGAAGGUCAAAGCACACAGAUAGGCCCGCCUCCCGGUUAUACUGUUCAACCACGGGCCAGAAUUUUUCAACUUGAGUCCAUCCUCUUUUUUUUUUUCUUUCUUUUGUUUCUGUUGUAAUCAUGGGAUAACAAUUUCCAUUUUGUGAAUUUUUAUUUUUACACAAACAUGGUGAUAAAAUAUUAUAUUCAGAUUUUUUAUUUCCACAAAUUAUUGAUACUAUGAUUAGGCCAGAAUAAUGUACCUUUUUAAAAAACAUUUUUAAACUUCGAACAUACAUUGUGACUGUCUGUCUUUUUUGCACAAAACUCAAAGGUUCACCCUUAAAAUGCAGUAAUGUUUUCUUUUGACCCUUCACUUGCUUAAAGUCACUUUCAGUUUAGGGGCUCACUGAGCUUGAAUAUGUCUGCAAUAUUUAUUCACAAGAUAUGAUAUGUGUGACAGAUAUGAGUUUGGCAGGGGCAAGGACACUUUGUUAUCCAAUACUUUUGUUUUUUAUCCUUUGAGAGCCAUGUCUUUUUUUUUCUUCUUCUUCUUCUUUUUUUAUAUCUUGUUGGAGUGCAAUAAUCAGUCCACCUCAGAUAAGCCCACCAAACCCUGCUGAGCAUCCUCCAUACACUCACACAUACACUUCAGACAGUCAUUCAGGCAGUCAAACAGGAAAAAAACAACACCAACAGGUACUUCUCCUGUUUUUAUUCACUCUCCCUGACGGGGCUACAGUAGGACUUCCCGAAAAAUGCGUAUAUAAACUCGUACACAGAGCCUAAGAUCCAAUCUGAAAGAAAAGGUGGAGAAGAAUGAAAAUGGUCAGUUUUUUAUCAUUGUACCCAUUUUGAAAACAUCCCCAAUUCGUAUUGGUUCUUUAAAGAUAAAUAAAUUGAAAUAAAAAGCA